AUGGACGGGUUCGAUCGCCUGCCUAAUGAUGAUAGCGACAGUGAUGAAAACCUCGACAUCCGGGAUGAUGCCUCCGAUAAUGAAGACAAUGAGACGCAUCCCAAUGAAGAGAGUAUACGCAAGUUCAUGACAGACAUGGAAAACGCCCCCCAAAGAAUGCUUGAGCGGCUCGAGAACAACCCUCAACAGAUUUUUGACAUCUACCUCCUCGACUCGCCGGUGGAAUUAGGCAUUAAGACGGUGCUACAUCAUAUAGUCGACAAGUUCCCCAAAAGAAACGCCAACAACACUCUCAGGCGCGCCAUGCUGUUGGCAGCCCAGAUUAUCACGGCGCGGUACCCGCACCUCCUCAAGAUGCCCGCGGAAAACGGCAUCACGCCGCUGUACAGCGCCCUCUCGGCCUCUGAGAACUUACUGGCACUCUCCAUGAUAUUGAGCUGCAAAAAGGCCAAAGAGGGCACGGGAGACGACGACAGGGCAAGUGGCAGCGACGAGGCGUCCGACCUGCUCACUGAGGCCCUCGCCGUGAGGUGUGUCAGCGGCAACCGGGAUGAAACCGUGCUGCACCUGGCAAUGCGCAACCGCGCAAUGUUCGUCGCGAAGAAGGCGAACAAUAAGUUGCCCAUGAAGGCCCUAAAGAUAGUGGCAGAGCAGGCGGGCGAAACUGCCGUGGUCGCCCAGGACGCGUCCGGGCUCACGCCUCUACACUAUGCUGUCGACUAUAGAUGGAGCUCCGAGGCGCAGCACAACGUCGUGAGCCGGCUGCUGCGCGCCGGGGACUCCGAGGCCCUCAUCAAGCAGGGCAGGGCCGUCCUCGACCUCUUCACCAAUGAGGACCCCCGCGUCAAGAAGAACGCCGGCGCCAAAAAGGAUCCCGGAACCAAAGAGAGCCCCCAAGCUAAAGGUGUCGGUCUGUCGGUUUACGAGUACCACUUAUGGACGCGAGCGGAAUUUCAGGAGCCGUCUACGCAAGCCAAAAAGUCGAGCGAACCGGACUCUUCAGCUCCCGGGGCAAAGGGGCAGGCGUCGGUAGGGAAGCGGCCCGGAGCGGAAGGUUCCAAGGAUGCACCCCGCAAUGUGAUGGAUGGCAACAGGGAGCGAGAAAAAGAGCCCGCCGGCCAUCAUCGAGAUCGAGGGCAGAACGUGAACCGGGAUGCGGAGCGAGAAGACAGAGGGCAAGAACCGGGCCGAGAAUAUAUACGCACAGCCCCCGCUGACCAGAGAAAGGAAGCCCCCGGCGGCAAAGAAGGAUCCGGGGGUAAGGAGGGCCCAGGAGGCAAGGAAGGGCCCGGCGGACCAAAGGACCGGGAAGCACCAGGUGCCAAAGAGGGUAUGAGGCGUGGUCGGGAGAUGCUACCGCCGAUCCGCACGGGGGCGGUCCGAGACGGCAGUGAAAAACCAAAUAGGCUCCACCCGGGCGGCCCCGACACGCCCGUGACGCAAAGGCUGAAUCGGGCACCGACGGCCGGCCCUCCCGUCGCGGAGAAGCCGGCGGUGGGGAAGCCGAUGGCCGUAAAGGAGGAGGAGAAGGACAAAAAGAAGGAGAAGGAGAAGGAAAAUGGGAGUGAGAUGGUCCAAGAGCAGACUCCCGAGCAACGCAAGAAGAUCAGAGACGAGUGGUCCGACAAGAUACAGCUGAUGCUAAAGACCCGGUGCCUGAGAACCCGGUCCCACGAGAAUUCUACACGAUUCUUGUACGGCGAUAAUCCGAAUGAUAUCCAAACUUGGUUUGACUACCAGGGAGUUGCGAAGGAGGUCGAAACAGACGUCUUUGAGGCAACGUUCAAAGACGUCGUUUUCGACACGGUACUCAAAUACGUCGCCUUUCCCCCUAUCCGCGUUCUUAACUGGGACAAGGGGGAUAAACUCCUCCCCCGUGCCGGCCGAAGCGGUCGGACCGACAUGCUCUUCUUCUUCGACUGGCUGAAGAAGAAGAAGAAUGUGAAGCGCAUCUUAAAGGUCAUAGUAGAUGACUCGUCUGAGGUGCCUCACUCGGAUGAGGCCAUCGAGAAAGCACUCCAAGGAUUCGGCGUUGAGUCGCUUGAAUGGUCGAAGCCGGAUCUGGACCCCGAGACGAUCUACAAUGCGUGCCCAGAGCUGACCGACAUCGUGCUUCGUUGGAGCGGGAACAACGCAGUUCUCCGUGCAUGGGGCGAGCCGGAAGGCCUCCGGCGAUUACCAAGCUUACGGAAUGUCCUGGUUAUAAUAGACCCGACUCGGACACUCGAGCACCCAGAGCGUACCAUGUCCAACAUCACUAAAUUCAAAGAACGCCUAAAAGAGGGAUGUCCGCAAUACGUCCAGAAAUACCUUGAAUCAAAGAAAGACACUAAACCCAAGAUGAACGUUCCGAACAUGGGCCCCCCGCCGCUGCAAGGCCAAGCUGGUUCUUCACCUCCUCAGAAACCCAUCGUCCGCGCCGUCGAGUGUAUUUCCUUGUUGGAUGGCCCACGGCGUUCCAACGCGUUGCUCGGCGCAUCGGUUCCCAGCGUCGACCGCCCCAGCAUCUCAACGCCACCGCACCGCUGGCUGGAAGCAACCGACAGCUUCGCCGACCGCAUCAGAACCAUCUGGAACGACAUCCUCGACGAAACGUCUCCGAAGAAGCAGCAUUCUCGGAAGACCGCCUCGGGCGGCGGCGCGCCGUUGGCCAACACCUCAGCGAGCCUCUCCAAGCCGACCAGCGGCCUGGUGCCGGAGGAGGUCAUUGUCGCGCUCAUCGACGACGGGGUCGACACAAUGGCGGACCAACUGCAAGGGCGGAUCCUCCCGGGGCGCACUUUUGGCUUCGAGGGCGACCGCAACAUGCCGUGGUAUGCGUCCGAGACGGGCCACGGGACGGUUAUGGCCAGCAUGAUCGCGCGAGUGUGCCCAAUGUCCAAGAUCUAUCCUAUUCGUCUCAACACGGGGGCGAAGUUGACGGCCGGGGCGGGGGCUAUGAUCGACGUGGAGUCGGCGGCGCGGGCGAUCCGCGCCGCAGUCGACCGCGGGGCCACCAUCAUCUCCAUGUCGUGGACGGUGACGAAGCCUCCGGAAGACCUGCGCAAGAUCUUGGUGGGCGCGCUGCAGUACGCGAUCGACAAGAAAGUGCUCCUCUUCUGCUCGAGCCGCGACGCGGGCGACGGCACCGACAUCAUGUACUAUCCGGCGGCGUGGAACCAGAACUCCGUGAUCAAGAUCGGCGCGGCGCAGCCGUCGGGCCUGCCAUACAAGUGGGUGGGCUCGCUCCAGAACGUCGACUUCAUCCUGCCCGGGGUCGAAGUAGUACAGCGGCAUUCGUUCCGCAGCUCCGCCGACGUCAAGAAACUGCCGGUGGAGACGGGGUCAUCGGUGGCGACGGCGCUGGGCGCGGGGCUGGCGGCGCUCAUCCUCUACUGCGCACGCAUCAACCAGAUGUACGGGUCCGGCGUGCGGUUCGGCCCCGCCGAUAUCCUUGAGCUGCGCAAUGCCAGGACCAUGGUGAAGGCAAUCCAGCGCUUUGGCAUGAGCAACUUGGACACGGACAGCACCAAGAACAAGUUCGUCGAGAUCUGGAGGAAGCUCGACGACAAGACGGCCAAGAUUAGCAGGGCCAGCUCCAGAGAAAAGCGGGAAAUAGUGGCUCAGUUAGCUCGAGAUUUGCACACGCCGUUGGCCAGUUGA